GUUGCGAUCUAAUCUCUUUCUUUCUGCCUCCCCAUCCAACAGCAAAAGGUAGAAUUCCCCCUCCCCUCCUCUCUGCUGCAUCUUCCUCUUCUUCCUACAUCCCCAAGCUUUGCUUUAACCUUCUGCAGCGAAACCCAAAAGAGGGAGUUAGGAUGCAUCGUUUUCCCAUCUUAAUUCCCGAUAGCCUUCGGACAUCGUUCCAGGUAGUGGCAAUGAUGCUGCUGCUGUCGCUUCUACAGCAGAAUGGCUGCUGGUGCUACCAGUACAAAGUUGGAGACCUCGACUGUUGGGGUCUGCCCCCUCCCUCCGACCCCCUCCUCUACUCCUCCUGGUCUAAGAACCACCACUUUAGCCUCGGUGACUCACUCUUGUUCCUGUACCCGCCGAGCCAGGACUCGGUGAUCCAGGUGACGGAGCGGGCGUUCAACAGCUGCGGCCUGGAGGAUCCCAUAAUGACGCUGCGCGACGGCAACUCCCUCUUCAACCUGUCGGCGCCCGGGUACUACUACUUCAUCAGCGGCGUCGCUGGCCACUGCGAGAAGAACCAGAAGCUGGCCAUCGCCAUCCCCUCUGCCAACGGCACCUUCUUCCCGCCGGCCGCAGACUUCGCCACCGCGCCGACGGGGUCGCAGUCCUACCCGAUCGUAUUCGGCCCCGCGUCGGCUCAGGGACCCAGCACAGCGCCAGCAGCGGUCGUCAGGGCCCCCGCGGCCAUGGGAUCCGUCGUCGUCGCCGCCGCUCUGCUUCUCGGUUUCAGUCUCCUGUGAGACACGGAAGGAGAGUCAGCGUCUGAAUGUACUGAUGAUCGAGUUAUCGAUCAGUGUCAUCCAUAUAAGUUAAGAAGGAAGGCUUCGGCUCCGAUCCGA